AUGGCGGACGCCGAGACACUAGACGACUUCGCCGGCAGGCUCGGAGGGAUGGCGGCGCGCUACGCGGCAUUGGGCUCGACCCGGGAGGACGCCGCCCUUAUUAAGAAGUUGCUCGACUCGGUGCCGAACCGCCUAUACCCGGCGGUGGCCGGGAUUGAGCAGUUCUGUGACGUCGACGCCAUGGCGUUUGAGGAUGCGCUGGGGCGGCUGAAAGCCUUCGACGAGAGGCUGCGACGGCGCAGGCAGGAUGGAGGCAACCACGGCGGCGAGCAGCUGAUGUUUACCGCGGCGCAGUGGCAGGCGCGCAAGCAGCGUCGGGGCGGCAGGCGCGGAGAGGACGAUGACGACGGGGCGCGUAGCGAGGCGUCGGGCUUCGGCGGGAACCGGCGCGGCCGCUCCUACAAGUGCAGUGACCGUGAGCACUUCAAGCGCGAGUGCCCGCAGUGGAAGAAGGCGCCGGCACCGAAGCGUGCACUGUCGGUCGACGGUGACGUCGAGGAUGGCGGGCUGCUCUGA